AUGAAGACCGUGCUACCGGAGUUUCAGGGCACAAGAUACGCUCGAUCGCGGCUGAAGCAGACCUUGGCUCACGAGUGGGCUCGGCAGGAGUACCGAACCGGCAUCGCUUUGGGACAGGUUGACCGAGGCAUGACGGAGAUGGAGUUCGUCCGGAGGCGUGUGGAAGGCGGGAGCCUGUAUGCCCUGCUCGAGCAAGAGUCCAGGGACUACCUCCGCGUAGGGCCGUUCACGGACGCGGAUGUGGAGCUGCUGGGCAUGAGUUUUGCUCAGGCCCAGGCUUCCAAGGAGCUCCCCCCGCCGGCAGCAGCGCCAAAGCCUGAUGCGGCGGCGGCGGAGUCGGUGCCCAAAUCGGCGAAGUCGGGGCAGGAGAAAGCGUCCAAGACGGGGCAAGAGAAAGGGGCCAAGGCGGGGAAGCAAAGCAGCGGGAAAGACGCCGCCGCAGCAAAAGCGGGUGCUGCCGCAGAAGGCGGGGUUGCCUCGUGGGCCGACCGCCUGCGGGAUUUCCAGAUCGACAUUCCCGCUUCUGCCACCUACGACGGACUCGCUUCCGAUUCUUCCAGGGGGGGGGGUGCCGCGGACAGGACCGACGGCCAGGUAGUGGCGGAAGCCGCGCAGAAGGGUGGGAGCCAGCAAGAGGACGAUGCGUCGGCGUGGGAUGGGAUCGGUGUUGACGCGGCGACGGUGAUCCGGCACAGGAGACAGUUCGACCUUCGCUGCCGGGCGUACGAGGCUUUGAAUACCGCCUCGAGAAACGAUAAGACCAACGGGCUGUUGGAGAAGACGCACAGGCUUCGCCAGGACCACGCCGCGAUCGUUGCUGCAAAGCGAGUAACGUUGGAAGGGACUCUGCAGAACGUUCGCCAGCAGCUUAACGGCCGCGAGGAUCAACUGCGCCAUGUGCACAUGGAGCAGCGCGGGGUCAACCCCCUCGACACUACGGUGGUCGCGGGUCUCAACGAAAGUGAGGCUGCCAUCAUGACGCGCGUCGCGGAGAAGAAGGUUCAGAUGGCGAUGAUCAUCGACGAGGCGAACAAGGUGGUGCAGUGGGAGCAAACCGCGGAGCUGGCCAGGAGGGAGGCCAUGCAUCAUGCGGCUGACAUGCACGGACACGGGGGGGGCUUCGCGCCCGGGUCAGCGAAAGAGAGGAACGAGCUGGUGCAGUCGAUGAUGUCCCAGAAGGUCAACAUCAUGCUGCUGAGCACCUUCUGCAAGCUUCGAGGUCCCUGGUUGGCGCCAUCUGGAUACGUGCGGGGGAAACGCUCGGUCUCUGAUGGUGCCGCUGGUUCUGCCGUAGCCGCCGCGGAAGAAAAAGGUGCCGAGCCUGACCCACGCACCGCGGUAGUGUCGUCACCAAGCCUCAGCGUGAGUACCGCCGAAAACACUGCGGCCGCCGCCGCUGCUGAUGACAAGCAAGGCGACCGUCCUCCCUCAGGCGGAAAAGAUGACAGCGGGAGUGGCGGCGUGGGGGAGCCUAAGUCAAGCAGCAGCAGCCCAACGAGUGCCGCUGGCGGAAACGAUGGGGCGGGCUCGGGGCCGGCGGCCGGGGCAGGGGCGGGGGUAGAGGCGAAACCGGGGAAAAGACAAAUCAAGCUAAGGCUCUUGCCGCCGUCAGAGGCAGAGCCGAAGAAAGAGAAGGGUGAUGGAGAUCCCGGUCAAGACGCUCAUCGGCAGCAGCCUGGGCAGCAAGCAGAGGGAGGGGGGGAUGCUGGUGCGGCGUGCACAGGGCCGAGUUAUACCGUGGCAGCGGAGGGGACUGCAUCGCGAGCGGGCGACAGCAGUGGUGAUGGCUUCUCUUCGAUGGCUGCGGUGAUGGCUAUGGGGGGUAAGGAGGCCGCCAUGGCUAGCUUGGCGGGCGCGCGAGGUACGGGAAGCGUACGAGAACAAGACGGAGUUGAUGCUGGUAGCAAGGGGGGUGACGGUCCCGCUCCAAUGGACGCCACGGCGUCGACCGCAAGUGGGAAUGAGGGUGGAGACCGGGAUCAAGAAGACGACCCCAAGCCAGAAGCCCGGGACGCCUCUUCUCUGGCUCGGCGGGGGUCCCCGUCGCCCGCUGAGGGUGAUAUGGACAAGGGGGGGGCUGGUGCCGGCUCGCACUCUCCCCAACAUUCAACACCACCAGCAGACGCGGGUAGUUUGAGGUUAAGUGAGGGUGGCGGCGGAGUUGGUGAAGAUGUAUCAAACGGAAGCAACGGGAUGGAUGUGGACACCGUGUAG